UUUUUUUCUCGGUCCGGAUUUGCGCAUCAUUACACCCGUGCUACGGCCCAUACCCGAUUCCUAGCUUGGCCCGGAUCAGUACCCUAACUCUCCUGAUCCGGCCCUGAUCUUACCCGUAGGAUUGAUUCUAGUCGGGUAAGCAUGUCCCGCGCGAUAGUCGCGCCGCGCCGCGGGACUCGCGACUUCGCGAGAUAUCCGCAGUGUAAUAAUAUAAGUAGUGUGCGCAGUGUAUAGCUAUAGGUGCGAGAGAGAGAGAGAGAGAGAGAGAGAGAGAGGGAGAGUAGUGCGAGAGAGUUUUGCGUGGUGUGCGGCGCCGAGAGAGUGGCGAUCGAGAAGAAGACGUGAAAAACAUGGCCGAAGCCAUUGUAGACGGGACUUCGUCGAUCAGUCGAUUUUUCUGUCACCGAUGCAGCGUCGAGAUCGAGCAUUUGCUACCGGACUACACGUGCCCAAGAUGUUCCACCGGAUUCAUCGAGAAGCUGGAGAGAGGCAGUGCAGAGAGCGGCUCUGGGAUGGAUAUAGAUAACCAAGACCUCAACGAAAUAGAAGUUGACGACUUACCAAGCCAUUUUCAGCUACCCCUAGCUUUUCUUCAAGAACCAACGGCUCUUUCGAGAUAUCGUAGGAAUAGGAGAAAUUCCUCCAGUGUGCAAUCGACUCCACGAAAUACUAGGUCUCAUAGAACUCGCUCCAGGAAUCAACAGCAGCAACAACAGAGCUUAUCACCUCAAAUAGAUAGUCUACUGCAAGAUCUCUUCGCCAAUCUUUCUGGUAUUGGAUUUGGUUUUCAACCAGGACAGGGACCAGUAUUCGAUAUUAGACUGUUUUUGGGAAAUCCUGGAGAUUAUGUUUGGGGCCAACAUGGAUUGGAUUCCAUUGUUACACAGUUGUUGAAUCAAAUGGAUGAAACCGGACCGCCACCACUACCUAAAAAGAAAAUAGAAGAAAUACCUACUACCACAGUAUCACAGACACAGAUUGAUUGUAAAUUACAGUGUUCGGUAUGUUGGGAAGACUUUGUGCUUGAAGAGUCUGUCAGACAACUACCUUGUCAGCAUGUUUACCACGCACCUUGUAUUGUUCCAUGGCUAGAGCUUCAUGGAACUUGUCCAAUAUGUAGGCAAAGUCUAGGAGAGCAAUCGACAUUUGACGCGAAUCAAGAUACAGUUGGACCAAGUUUAGCUGCACUGUUCAGAGCUGCAAACGAGUCUAGCAGUAGUAGAACCUCUUCAGCAUCAUUGGGAAGUAGUUCAAGAAAUGAUUCACCGAACGAACUUUGAAAUUAAUUUGCGAAUUUCAUACUAAUUGGCUACCUUCAUGUGGUGUAAUGCAAACCAAUUUAUCACUUAUCACUGAGAGAAAAGAAUCCUUAACACAAAGAAGAAUUCUUAACUGUUAAGAAAAUUGGAUUAAAAUAUGGAGAAAUCCAAGCGUCUUAACAGUUAGGUUUUCAGAUUUUUGAAUUUUCGUAACUUUCUUUCCAUCGACGUAAAAUCACUAGCACUUUAUAAUUACUUGUUUUCACUUCUUAUUAUCAUUUAGUAUCGCUCUGAGACUAUUCGAUGUUGAAAGAUUCUUUGCUUUUGCAAAAUAUAUUCGAAUGAUAGGACGAUAGGUAUCAUACGAAUAUAACCUUACACAUAACCCCGCUUUUCUGUGUGCAUGAAACUAUCACAAAAGUAUUUAUGCAUACAGAAUCUUCGACUUCAUCGAACAAGCCCUACGAUAUUUUAAAUGUUGUGCAUCAAUAUGCUUUCUUCCAGGUACGUAAAAAAGCAUAUCACGCGUGAAAUAGUAUAAACGCAUGUACGGGGCUCCGAUUGCAGCCGACACGUUUCGACGCCUCGCAUAGUCGCGUGCCGACGAGUCGCGCUGUUGCUGCACUAGGACGAUAAGUUUUUACCGACAGUGCGCCACAAUCGCUCAAAAAUUUCUAAAUCCUUAAUAGUUAAGAAUUCUUCUCUUACUAUGAGUAUACUGAGAGAAAAGAAUCCUUGUCGCAAAGGAUUCGCAACUUAACCACAGCUUAUUUUUCAUGUAUUUGUUGCAAACGAAAGUUUCUUCAUAGUAAGAGAAGAAUUCUUAACUAUUAAGGAUUUAGAAAUUUUUGAGCGAUUGUGGCGCACUGUCGGUAAAAACUUAUCGUCCGAGUGCAGCAACAGCGCGACUCGUCGGCACGCGACUACGCGAGGCGUCGAAAUGUGUCGGCUGCAAUCGGAGACCCGUAUGCUUUUUUUACGUACCUGGAAGAAAGCAUAUUAAUGCACAACAUUUAAAGUACCGUAGGGCUUGUUCGAUGAAGUCGAAGAUUCUGUAUGCAUAAAUACUUUUGUGAUUCUUUCAUGCACACAGAAAAGCGGGGUUAUGUGUAAGGUUAUAUUCGUAUGAUACCUAUCGUGCUAUCAUUCGAAUAUAUUUUGCAAAAGCAAAGAAUCUUUCAACAUCGAAUAGUCUCAGAGCGAUACUAAAUGAUAAUAAGAAGUGAAAACAAGUAAUUAUAAAGUGCUAGUGAUUUUACGUCGAUGGAAAGAAAGUUACGAAAAUUCAAAAAUCUGAAAACCUAACUGUUAAGACGCUUGGAUUUCUCCAUAUUUUAAUCCAAUUUUCUUAACAGUUAAGAAUUCUUCUUUGUGUCAAGGAUUCUUUUCUCUCUAUAUUUUGAAUUUUUAUUUUUAUUUGUUUUCUUUUGGACUUGUAUCUACUGGUCAUGCUUGCUUAAAAUCACUAAUUCACGUGAGAACUUGGGUAGUUUAAUUAGAUUUUUGGCAAAAGACAAUCGGAAUUGCUCAUAAGAUUUGCUUUCAUUAUUUACUAUUCAGUACAUACGUUUCGGAUUUUUUUUCGAGAGCAGUUUAUAUACUUAUUUGCGUAAAGAAUUGUUGGUUAUCUAUAGCUGAUGAUUCUGAAUUGUAGAUUCUUUGUACAUUUUUUAUACAGUAGUAUAUCAUUUCAAUUUGCAUAUAAUUCAUUGUCUACAACAUUUUUACAGAAAUAAGUGUAAAAAUUAUUUGACAAAGAAAUGUUACACACAACCAACAUUAACAAAUUCAAUUUCAUUUGAAUUUAAAACGUAGAUGCAUAAAAGUAAAAUUUUUAAGUAACGUACACCAACAUUUUGUUAACUUCGCUGCUUUGCCAACAGCAUGUUUUAAAAAGUUCUCUUAAGGACACAAUUAAACAACCUCUAUUAUUUAGUAACAGACGUUUAUAUUUAAAUAGUAGUGACUUUGAGAAAAGGAAACAAAUUUGCUUAGCUAAAUUAAUUCACAAAGCUCUUAUGACUGAUAAUAAUUGAAUAAAGAUAAAGAAAAGACAAAGUGUGAAAAAAGGUGCGAUUUGUGUAUAUUCUAUGCGUUAAGAACUAAUGUUAAUAAUUUUUGCGAAAAAGUGAAAACAAAAAACCUGUACAUAUUUUUAUUCUAUUCUAAUUCACAACUUGAAUAAAAAGUUAAGAAAAUAGUGGCAGAAAUUUCGGUUUACUGAUGGCAAAGCAGAAUAGAUUUGCUAGUGAACUUUUCUGUAAAAGUUAUUAUGGUUCGAGUGUAAUUAUAUACAACCUCGAUGCUUGUUUGUAUAGAGUAUAAAGUUAAUACCAUUGUUAAUCGAGAUCCUAAACAUCAGGCGAAGUGACGUGCUACAAUGGCUUCGGUUUGACGCUGUGUGAACAAAAUGAAAUGUAAACAAAUUCAAUGCGAAAGAAUGGAGGGAUUGCAUUGUACAGUGGAUUGAACUUGCAAUGCUUCAAUUAUUGAAUAAGAUUUUAAAGUGUAUUUCGUCUUGUAGAAGUACAUUACUUACUCAUCAAUUAAAAACGGAAGUACAUACUUUGAACAGAAGUUUCAUGACUAACGAAUGAAAAGGGGAAAUAAAAUCAGUUGCAAGAGUAUGAGGCUGGAGUAUUAACUGUUCCUCAAAUCUUGUACCUUUUAUAUUAGUUUUGCCAUUUGUAAAAGCUUUUGUACGAAAAUCUCGAGGGAAGAGAAUACAAAUCUUGCACAAAAUCUUUUGGUGAGGCUGAUGUAGCGUUUCUUUUUCGUUUAUCUAUAUUAAAUCUGUUUUGUUUUUCAACUGACCACAAAUUGUUUUUCAUUAUCAGCCUCUUAAACUUUUUAAAAUGUGAUGCUACACCUGCUUUAUAGUCUAUAAAUGUGUAAAAAUUAGUACAUACAAUAAAAUAAAUCCUAUAUUUAUUCCGAAACAAA